UUCAAAUCGCUUGAACCUGGCGUGUACGCGUGCUUCAACAGUGGCGGCUAACAGUUAUCUUAUCUCAAAGCUGAGCGAUGACAUUUUUUCUAUCAACUCAGUUCCAACAAGUAGAAAGUUGUCUAACGUGUUCAGUUGCCUUUUAUGAAUAACAUUGGUGGCUAAGACCUACAAAGUAAAAAAUUCAUUUUUCGAACAUUUUAUGAGUUUUUCAGAGUAGUGAAAAACAUUGUUAUUUGAUACCGUGUGAAACAUUCUAGUAAAAUGCUCUAAACUAGUUAUUGGAUUAGAAUUAAGUGUAGGCUAUUCAUUUAUUCAAACUUCUUCUUCGACAACAACACUGCAAAAUAUUUAUAAUAAAAAUGGUAGAAUACAAAGCUGUUUUGAAUUCUUCGCAAGUGAUUAUAGGAUGUGCAGUUGUAGCGGCUAUAGCGACUAAUUUAUACAUGUGGCUUCAGUAUAAGAAAAAAUCGAAGAUGCCGAAAAAAUGGAUUUCUGUGGGAAAGAUUUCCAACUUGAUAAUGUAUCCAUUGAAAUCUGCCGCCGGUGUACAAAUUACUUCAGCAGAAUGCACUGUAAGAGGAAUGAAAGACAAAUCUAGUGAUGAUAAUUCAGUAAUGCUGCAAGACAGGUCCUUUAUGGUUUACAAUGAGAAAACUGGGAACUUCUUGACUGCUAAAGGAGAUAAAAAACUUCUACAAAUCUGUGUGAAGAGCGGAAGCAAGAAUAGUAUAGUUCUCUCAUCACCUGAAACUGAAGAUGUUGAAGUCAAGAUGCCAUCAGAGAAUGGAAAAGUAUCUAAAUGUGUUAUGUAUGCUGAAGAGCAAGUGAAUGUAGUGGACUGCGGAGAUGAAGCCGCUGAUUGGCUGAGAAGAUAUUUCGGCAAAGAUGGUGAUUGGAGACUGGGCUACUAUGUGUCCGACCAAAUAGCCAAUAGGAAGCCCACUGACAGUAAUUGGACAAAAUAUACCGGUGUCUAUAAUAAACUCCGAAAAGAGGAUUUGGGUGCAUUCUCUGAUAUUGCCAGCUACAUGAUUCUUACAGAAGAAUCUCUGAAAGAGUUGAAUGAUCGUUUGGAACCAAACAAUCAGGUGACGUAUAAAAAUUUCAGACCAAAUAUAAUGGUAUCAACCUCUCAAACAGCAUUCGCCGAAGACAAUUGGGAUUGGAUUAAAAUCGGAGACAAUGUGAUUAUGCGGCAAGUGAAGCCAUGCACCAGAUGUGUUGUGAUAACAAUGAAUCCUUCUAAUGGUAUCUACAAUAAAGAGAGGGAACCAUUAAAAACCUUGGAAAGUUUCAGACAAGUUACUGAUCCAGAACAAAAGAAACUCGAAGGGAAAUCACCUGUCUUCGGGCAAUAUUUUGGAAUACACAAUUUGGGCUCAAUAUCUGUUGGAGAUACUGUGUACAUCGGCUCCAACUGAUAUAAAUAAUCACUUAUUUCCACCUCAUUCACUGAUAACAGCUCAAACCGAAGGUCAGAACUUCAAAAAAAGUUGUCAGCCGAAAGAAUAAGUACACUUUCCACUUAUCAGUACAUUUAUUGUAAUGUAUUAAAAUUGUUCAAAUGUAUCAAUUCUGUUUUUUCCUACAAAACUUUUUCUAUACACUAUGUUAGCAAUGUUGAAUUAUGUUUAAUAAUUAAUCAUUCCUCUGGAA